AUGACCCUAACUCCAGACACAUGUGCCAUGAGAUGGGAAGAAUCGAUCUUUGACCUCACAUUUCUUCAGGACUACCCACUCCUGAAAUCCUCCACCUAUGACCAAGAAACACUGGUGUCAAUGAUUAAAGAUAUGGACCACUCUUAUGAGCCAAACUCCCCUCUUCCUCCCGGUACCAUCUUGAUGUAUUCAACAGAACAGUCACUACAGCUCGAUCGUCCAGGGGUGGUUGGAACUGUGGGCCCCUUAGUCGGAAUUCAAUCAGAUCAUCGCAAUUCCUUCCAUGUGCACUGUGCCAUUCGUAACACAGUCAGGAAAGAAUUCAAACUUGAAGACAAUUAUCGCCGUCUCAUCUCUGGCGGUUUACUGACUCUGCCGAGAGACAAGAAAAGAAGAAAUCCCACCGAUUGUGACUGGAAACCUGAAUCAAUUUACAAGACAUACGUUGACUGCAAGCCAGAAUUCUUUGAAAAGUCCGACUACCAGGACCACAUUCCCACCAGCUCAUGCUUUGGAAAGAUCAAUAUGCGUAUUCCUAAAGCCUGGUCUCGCGGUCCAAACCGUCCUAACCGUCCCAAAAGGAGACGAACCAGGAAGAGAAACACUUCGUCUGAAGAAUCCAAUACUCGUCUGUCUUCUCUUGCUGACCAAGAAGAGAACACGCAAUAUAUUGAGACAUCAUUCAACUCACAAUUUCCAACAAUCACCGAUCCGCUUGCAUUUGAGUUCCUCUUUCCGUGA